AUGUUAGCUAGAAUUUCAAAAACCAUUGGAUUUGGUCAGUCAUCACCCGGUGGACUGAAAGAUGCAGGUGCUGGGAAAAGUUGGGCAAGUGAUGAGAUGGACAAUGGGAUUCCUCGCACCAUAGAGAACAAGCAUACACACAUUCGGACACGAUUCACAUCUAGCAUCUACGUGCAUAUCAAAAUCCUGAUUAGGGUGUCCAAACCAUGUCGUCCUGGAGCAACCUGUCGUUCUCGCGUCAACUCAUCGCAACAGGUGCCACUUGCGCGUUUGCCCGAACCUCCUGUACUCCCUAUAGCUGUGGAUUCACCAGGAACUGUGGAACAUUUACUGUAUGUUCGUCUGUCAGUGGAUUCCACUCAAAGACAGUUAAAUGAACUGAACUCACAAAUGAAGGCAGUUCUGAAUCAGAAAUGUCCACCAGUAGCCAUUAAGUUACCGUUGGCUACCAUGGAGGACUUCGAUGCCCUUUCCCAAGAGCUUCAAAACACUGAAGUCUUUAAUCAAUUCGUGGGUUACUGA